AGUCUCCCACCACCAAAAUUCUGACCGUUGGAGAACAUUACUCUUUUUGCAGAAGGAGGAGGAAACAAAAGAAGAAGAGAGAUCAUAAAGCUCUCAUUUGCAAUAAGACCUUCUCCUUCGGUUUGUUAGUUUUUUUGACUCUCCGACCAAACCCCAAAAUAAAAAACAAAAACACUCCCAGUGAUUUUUGAAAAGAGAGAAACCCAGAAAUGGCAUCCCCACAGAGCACCAAAACCGGUCUGAAUCUACCCGCCGGGAUGAACCAGACUUCGCUGCGCUUGGAGACGUUUUCGAGCUCAUUUCGUGGGAUCUCUAGUUUAUCAUCUCCCUCUAAAUCGACUUGCAGCGACAGAUUCAUACCGUGCAGAUCUUCUUCGAGGCUCCACGCUUUCGAUCUGCAGGAUAAGGAACCUACUACUCCGGUUAAAGAGGGAGGGAACGAAGCCUACUCCAGACUUUUAAAAUCUGAGCUUUUCGGAUCUGAUUUCGCUUCUCCUUGUUUGUCUCCUGCAGGUGCUGGUCAAGGAUCUGCUUCUUCUCCGAUGAGUCCAUGUACCAAUAUGUUGAGAUUCAAAACGGAUCGUUCCAAUUCAAGUCCCAACUCGCCAUUUUCUCCUUCCGUUCUCGGAAAUGAUAAUGGCUUCUCCAGUGACUCGUCUCCUCCUCCCAAACCGCCUCGCAAGGUUCCUAAAACACCUCAUAAGGUUUUGGAUGCUCCUUCCUUACAAGAUGACUUCUACUUGAAUGUUGUGGACUGGAGCUCACAGAAUGUUCUUGCGGUUGGGCUUGGUACUUGUGUCUAUCUUUGGACUGCUUCCAAUAGCAAAGUGAAAAAGCUAUGUGACCUGGGGCCUAAUGACAGCGUGUGCUCGGUUCAAUGGACACGGGAAGGUUCUUAUAUAUCUGUUGGUACAAGUCAUGGUCAGGUUCAGGUUUGGGACGGAACGCAGGGCAAAAGAGUGCGAACUAUGGGAGGCCAUCAAACGAGAACUGGUGUCUUGGCAUGGAACUCGAGGAUCUUAUCAUCAGGGAGCAGAGACAGAAAUAUCCUUCAACAUGAUAUCCGAGUCCCCAAGGAUUAUGUCAGCAAACUCGUGGGGCACAAAUCUGAGGUCUGCGGCUUGAAAUGGUCUCAUGAUGAUAGAGAGCUCGCGUCUGGAGGCAACGAUAAUCAGUUAUUGGUAUGGAACAAUCAUUCACAGCAACCUAUUCUGAAGCUGACGGAGCAUACAGCGGCGGUUAAGGCAAUUACAUGGUCUCCUCAUCAGAGCGGUCUCCUUGCUUCGGGAGGUGGAACCGCAGACAGAUGCAUUAGAUUCUGGAACACGACAAACGGACAUCAGUUAAACAGCAUCGACACUGGAAGCCAGGUUUGCAAUCUGGCGUGGAGCAAGAACGUGAACGAGAUAGUGAGCACUCAUGGAUACUCUCAAAACCAAAUCAUGCUCUGGAAGUAUCCAUCCAUGGCAAAGGUUGCAACCCUUACUGGGCACAGUAUGAGAGUACUUUACUUGGCUACAUCACCCGAUGGCCAGACUAUAGUGACCGGAGCAGGAGAUGAGACCUUGCGCUUUUGGAACGUCUUCCCUUCAGUGAAAAUGCAGACACCCGUGAAGGACACAGGACUCUGGUCAUUAGGAAGGUCACAGAUCCGAUAACAGUAGUAUCAUUGUCAACUUUUAAUUUGAUUUUUUUCAUUGUGUAUGCGAGACAUAUACUACUGCACAGAGAGACAAAUAGAGAAACUGAAACGUAACAUGCAAAAUCUCCAUUCUAUUUUAUUUCAUUUGUUAUUUUC